AUGACAUCAGAUGUGUUAACAAAACGCCUGUUAAACUUCAGGAAUGAGGAGUUGCACGUCGGCGAAAUGUUUAUUGGGUAUCACGAAGAUGCGUGGUCAGCAGUCGUCCUUCACGUUUGGGAAGCAAACAAAGCAAUGAUUGAGACAAAUGACGAAACAGAGUUUGAAGAAAUGAUACUGGAAAAAGCGAAAGCUACGCUGUUAUUGUGCGCAACACCGGAUGCAGUGUUAAGGCUGAAAUGGAGUGAUCUUCCAUCUGACGAGCAAAAGCAACUUGCAAAACUUUAUUUCAAAGAUCAAGCUCAUGGCAGCUUUUUGGAAUACCUAGAACAAAAACUUGUUACUGAAAAAUGUGAACAACUUUUUAGUCAGAUUACCACCCACUCUAAGUUACUGGGAAAUGUACAUAAAAACGAUAUCAGUCAGGCAUGCAAUGUAGACGUAUCGCAAAUUCUCCUGAUAGAGUCUCUGUCAUCAUUCGACACAGAACAACAGUUUACUGGAAAAGUACAGCAACAUUUAAAGACUCAUGCAGAAAAGCCAAUUCUUGUGAUUGUUCAGUGUGAUUCAGGACACGUAAACGCCAAUCUCAUUGCUUGUGCCCGAUUUUGUGCACUAGAUGUAUUCGAAAAACUACGGGACGAGCUUGAAUAUCCUGUCCAUAUGAUAUUUAUUGUACAUUUACCACGGAUAGCUGGUGGUUGUUUUGCCGGAUUCCAGUGUGGUGUGUGGCAGUCUGUUCAUAUAGAUGACCUUUACCCAGAAGACAGGAAUCUUCCUCUCUUGUAUGAAAUGCAAGGUCGUUCAGUGGCUCAACUUCUUGAAUCUGCAGUAAAAAGUUCACAAGCAACUUCGGAGACAGAAGACAGUGAAAGCGUAAGCCUGGCAAGGAUAAAAGGACUUAUACUGAAGUGUGUACAAGCUGCACUUUCUUCCGUAAAAGACGUCGAUGAAAAUAGAGAGAGAGAGAAAAUGAGAGUAGAAUUAGUGAUGAAGCUUCUAUUUGCAGCAAACACUGAUGAUGAUACAUUUUCCUUUCUGUACGGAGUGUGUUGUGUUGUUGCAAAGUUGUUAUCGGAGAAAGAAUCAAUAAACCAAUAUUUGAUCGAGCCAAGUGACUGGAUGACGAAAGAGGCAACAUCAUCAGACAAAAUAAGUGAGGCUGGUACAUUCAGGCGCUCAUGUCUGAAGAUCCUAGAAUCGAAGAUAUCACCUGUACUUGCUGGAGUCAUAGCUUUCAUUGAUACAAAUCAGAAUAUAGACAUUUGUUGUGAUGAAAACCCCACAUGGAAAACGCAGUUGUGGAAGAAAAUCUUAUGUUCACCAAAUGCAUUGGAUUUUAAGUACUCAGAAUUACAGUCCCCGACGCGAACCAGUGAACUCCAAGAAGCCAUGGUCCUUUACACAGGUGUCAGCGAGAAAGUGUUCGAAUCAAAGAUGCCGUUUUCCUGGCUGUUCAUCUCUCAAAUAAAUGACGUGUUUCUAGCAACCAAGAAAACGUCAAAUGAUGAUACUGACAAGUUGUACCAGAGCAUGUUGUCACUGCUGAAAGAAAUACCUCUAUGCCGCUUGUUGAUAGACGUAGACGAUGACGUGUUUGUUAACGAAGGAUUUGGAGAUUACCUCAAUGACUUCGUGUGCUCAAUGUAUCAUAACGGAUCGCAAGAGGAACACAGGGUUGUAUGUAAUUCGCUUGGAAAAAGAGCUAUGUCACUUUACAGUGAUUCUACUGAACGCACACUAUUGACUGUUAUGGUAUGUGUACACUUGGCUUACGAUGAUAUGGUUCACGGAAUGUCAUAUUUCCGCCUUAUCAACAGCAUAUGGAGUGACUGUAGCAAACAGAUUCUGGCGUUAGAAGUCAAAGAUCAGAAUCACAGCAUACUGAAAGGCAACGAUAUUGUGAGUGUGUAG